UAAUUUUAAAAAAAAAUGAAUUAUUUUAGUUAUGGAUUCCUGUCGGAACGCUCGGACUUUGCCCAAGCAGUUAUCGAUGCGGGGAUUCGAUUCAUCGGACCGUCCCCGAAAGUGGUGCAGCAAAUGGGUGACAAAGUAGCUGCUCGGCAGGCGGCCAUCCAGGCUGGAGUGCCGAUUGUUCCCGGAACCGAUGGACCCGUGACUACUAAAGAGGAGGCACUAGAUUUCUGCAAGAAGCAUGGAUUGCCAGUUAUCUUCAAAGCGGCAUACGGUGGAGGUGGACGUGGUAUGCGGGUGGUGAAAAAGAUGGAAGAAGUUGAAGAUAGCUUCCAGCGAGCUAGUUCCGAGGCCAAGGCAGCCUUCGGUAAUGGUGCGAUGUUCAUCGAAAAGUUCAUCGAACGCCCAAGGCAUAUUGAAGUCCAGUUGUUGGGCGACAAAGCUGGUAAUGUGGUUCAUCUGUAUGAACGUGACUGUUCGGUUCAGAGGCGUCAUCAAAAGGUGGUAGAAAUUGCUCCGGCUCCAAGACUGCCCAUUGAGGUGCGAGACAAAAUGACCGAAUAUGCUGUCAAACUGGCGAAACAUGUUGGCUACGAAAAUGCCGGUACAGUUGAAUUCCUCUGUGAUGAAUCUGGUAACUUCUAUUUCAUCGAAGUAAACGCACGACUUCAGGUUGAGCACACGGUAACGGAAGAAAUUACUGGUAUCGAUCUGGUGCAAUCACAAAUCCGAAUUGCCGAAGGAAUGACCUUGCCAGAGCUUGGUUACUCCCAAGACAAUAUCAAAACUCAGGGCUAUGCUAUUCAAUGCCGUGUUACUACGGAGGAUCCAGCUAACGAUUUCCAGCCAAAUACUGGUCGCUUGGAAGUGUUCCGAUCAGGUGAAGGUAUGGGCAUCCGGUUGGACAGUGCCUCGGCCUAUGCCGGUGCCAUUAUUUCGCCCUACUACGAUUCAUUGCUAGUCAAAGUUAUCUCACAUGCACAUGAUCUACAGUCGUCCGCUGCCAAAAUGAACCGUGCCCUGCGGGAGUUCCGUAUCCGUGGCGUUAAGACCAACAUCCCAUUCCUACUAAACGUCCUGGAGAAUCAAAAGUUCCUAAACGGAGUGCUGGACACCUAUUUCAUCGAUGAGCACCCACAGUUGUUCCGCUUUGCCAAGACCAAGAACCGUGCUCAGAAGCUGCUGAAUUAUCUCGGUGAGGUAUUGGUUAACGGACCGACUACUCCACUGGCAACCAAACUAAAACCAGCCGAGGUUCAACCACACGUUCCUCAGUUGCCGUUGGAUCUUUCGCCAGAAGCACUCGCCGAGGAAGAAGAGGGCAAAAAAGUCCAAACGGGUUAUUCCGCAGUUACCGAUCCACCGCGUGGUUUCAAGGACAUCCUGCGGGAGCAGGGGCCUGCUGGAUUUGCCAAAGCUGUUCGUGCCCAGAAGAAUCUGUUGCUGAUGGACACCACCUUCCGCGACGCCCAUCAAUCGCUGCUGGCCACCCGCGUCCGGUCGCAUGAUCUGCUCAAGAUUUCACCGUACGUCUCGCACAAGUUCAAUAACCUAUACUCGCUGGAAAAUUGGGGCGGUGCCACGUUCGAUGUGGCGCUUCGAUUCCUACACGAAUGUCCCUGGGAGCGACUGGAAGAUAUGCGCAAGCGUAUUCCAAACAUUCCGUUCCAGAUGCUGCUCCGAGGUGCUAAUGCUGUAGGAUAUACCAACUAUCCGGACAAUGUGGUGCACAAAUACUGCGAACUAUCGGUGCAAUGUGGCAUGGAUAUCUUCCGAGUGUUUGACUCGCUCAACUACCUUCCGAAUCUGAUUCUUGGCAUGGAUGCUGCCGGUAACGCAGGCGGAGUCGUUGAGGCAGCCAUUUCCUACACUGGCGAUGUGAGCGACCCCAAUAAAAAGAAGUAUGACCUCAAGUACUACACAGAUCUGGCGGACGAACUUGUGAAGGCCGGAACUCACGUGUUGUGCAUCAAGGAUAUGGCUGGCCUUCUAAAGCCACAAGCUGCCAAGUUACUCAUUUCUGCAAUCCGUGAUAAACAUCCGGAUGUUCCGAUUCACAUCCAUACUCAUGAUACCUCAGGAGCCGGAGUGGCCUCCAUGUUGGCCUGUGCGGAAGCUGGAGCCGAUGUAGUUGACGUCGCCGUUGACUCUAUGUCGGGAAUGACUUCACAGCCCAGUAUGGGAGCCGUCGUGGCAUCUCUUCAGGGAACCCCACUUGACACCGGCUUGAAUUUGGCUGACAUCAGUGAGUACUCUGCGUAUUGGGAACAAACCCGAACCCUGUAUGCACCAUUCGAAUGCACAACCACCAUGAAGUCCGGUAAUGCCGAUGUGUACAUGAACGAAAUCCCCGGUGGCCAAUACACCAAUCUCCAAUUCCAAGCCUAUUCUCUUGGACUGGGAGAUUUCUUUGAAGAUGUCAAGAAGGCAUACCGAGAAGCUAACCUUUUGCUGGGAGAUAUAAUCAAGGUCACGCCAUCUUCGAAGGUGGUCGGUGAUUUGGCUCAGUUUAUGGUCCAAAAUCAUCUGACGGCAGACCAAGUGAUGGAACGAGCAGAAGAGUUGUCCUUCCCCAAGUCGGUCAUCGAAUUCCUGCAGGGUGCUAUCGGUACACCACAUGGUGGAUUCCCCGAGCCAUUCCGUUCCCGCGUUCUCAAGGAUAUGCCCCGUAUUGAGGGACGUCCUGGUGCAUCUCUACCUCCACUAGACUUUGACAAACUCAAGAAAGACCUCCAAGAAUCUCAUCCAGAUGUGUCGGAUCGCGAUGUCAUGUCUGCUGCCCUAUAUCCUCAGGUUACAAACGACUACCUUAACUUUAGAGAUAAAUUUGGUCCAGUCGAUAAACUGAACACUCGAGUCUUCCUCACUGGACCCAAAGUUGGCGAAGAGUUCGAAGUCACCAUCGAAAAGGGUAAGACUCUAGGCUUCAAAACGCUGGCCAUGGCUGAGGAUCUCACAGCUAACGGAGAACGCGAAGUCUUCUUUGAACUCAACGGUCAAUUGAGAUCGGUUCUAAUCCGGGAUAAGGAAGCCGUCAAGGAACUCCACAUUCACCCAAAGGCAACCAAAGGAAACAAGGAUCAAGUUGGUGCCCCAAUGCCGGGAACUGUUAUCGAAAUCAAGGUCAAGGCCGGUGAUCGCGUAGAGAAGGGACAACCGUUGGUUGUUCUAUCCGCCAUGAAAAUGGAGAUGGUCGUCCAGUCGCCACGAGCUGGUGUCGUUAAAACCGUAGACAUCAAUUCCGGAAUGAAGCUCGAAGGAGAGGAUCUGCUGCUUACCCUGGAAUAGACCUAGUACGCACAAGGUUCAACAUUGAAGGCCUACAGUACCGUUGGAAUAUUCUAUAAGAAAGACAUUUUUCCCACGAACCUACUAAAAAUGCUCUUAGGCCAAUCAGAGCGUAAACGUUUGGCAGGAAGACUUUUUUUCUGGCAUGUCACGUACAUACAUCUUGUUCAAGUUUUAUAAUUGGGCAGCGUUUUUGUUUAUGUUUUAAAAUUCUACGUUAAUAUUUGUGAUGAAUAAAAAUUUGAAUAUUUAUA